AUGCUCAUCUCUUUAGAGGAGCUAGAGAAGGCUACCAACAAUUUCGAUCAAGCCCGCAAGCUCGGUGGAGGCGGGCAUGGCACUGUCUACAAAGGGAUCAUGUUAGACCUGCAUGUUGUGGCCAUCAAGAAGUCAAAUAUUGUUGUCAAAAGAGAAAUUGACGAGUUCAUAAAUGAGGUUGCCAUACUCUCACAGAUCAACCAUAGAAAUAUUGUGAAGCUCCGUGGAUGUUGCCUCGAGACAGAAGUCCCUUUACUAGCUUACGAGUUCAUUUCGAACGGAACACUCGCUGAUCAUCUUCACACGGAAGAACGAGGAUCGCUACCUUGGAAAGAUAGGUUAAGGAUCACAAGUGAAACAGGGAAAGCUCUUGCUUACCUUCACUCAGCUAUUUCAGUCCCUGUAAUACAUAGAGAUAUCAAACCCUCCAACAUACUUCUUGACGAUGCCUUGACAGCAAAAGUGUCAGACUUUGGAGCUUCAAGGUACAUUAUUCCCUUGGAUCAAACAGGAACAACAACUGCGGUGCAAGGAACUAUAGGGUACUUAGAUCCUAUGUAUUAUUAUAAUGGACGCCUCACGGAAAGUAGUGAUGUUUAUAGCUUUGGAGUCCUUCUUGUCGAAUUGCUUACUAGGAGGAAGCCAUCUGUGUAUAGAUCUUCCGAGGGUGAUGGGCUUGUCAUGCAAUUUGUUGCACUACAUGCAGAAGGUGAAUUGGACAAAAUACUAGACCCACAAGUUAUAGAGGAAGGGGGCAGCGAAGUGAAAGAAGUUGCUACUCUAGCCGUGGAGUGCCUAAAACUAAGAGCAGAUGAGCGGCCAACCAUGAGGCAAGUAGAGAUGGCGCUUGAAGCUCUCCAAACACCCAAGAAGCGGGUCAGGGAUAAUUUGACAGAAGAAACAGAUGAGAAGGAAUAUGCAGCAACGGGCUUUCCAUCGACCAGCCAACAAGCAAAGACAAACGAAGCAAGCAGGUGUUAUAUCCAAGAAGAAGAGUUCCUGUUGUCCGCUGCAUACCCUCGAUAG